AUGCCUGCCAGGUUUUACCCACGGACGUAUGAGUUCCCUACUGCAAGGAAACAAACCCGCGCGGAACAUUUCCUACAUGUUGAAAACUCAAAAAUUGAAAAUGCAGAUCGCUUGUAUAUUGAUGUAUCUGUCUUACGGCCAAAAGCCAAAAGGUCAUGCCCCCUCACGGGAUUGAACCGUGGACCUUCGCAUGAAGUUCCGAAGUACGAGUGCGACGCUCUACCACUGAGCCAAAGGGGCUUUUUCAAGCUGAUACAAUGGAGCUUCAGGCGCGAUUAUUUCGGCAACAAUUUCCAGCUGGCCGGCUAUGCUCAGUCGGGUCCAAUGCAAGCAGUUUCAAGAGUCAUUCAACGUCGCGUUUGCAACGAAAAGACACGACCACCAAAGCAAGCAACCGGCCUCACCGUCUCCUCGGUGAACUUCCAUCCAUCCCGGCCCCGGACCAUCACCGACAUUAACCCCCCCGAAACUUACACAGGAAGAACAAGCUUUUGUUAUUUCAUCGGCUACAUGCGCACGAAUACCCUCAAUCCCUCGGUCCAUGUCCGCGAUAACAACCUCGGCCAUCCCCCGUUGGCGUUGCCGGUAAACCGGAGGGUCUCCACCACAGAUCCUCAGCACCAUCGAACACAUGGCGCGCAAAUCAGAUAUCCAUAA